CAUAAAUUAUAUUUUUUUGUCAUUUUGCACUUGCGUAACGAAAGGCAUAAUGAAACUUUUAACUGCGACAAUUUACUUAUGCCUUCUUUCGAUUGCCUUUAUUGCGAUUGUCUCGGCCGUGCCUGUCGAUGAGUCUUUGUUAGGCAAUAUUUAUGAAUCCGGAGAUCAGCCAACCGCCCAAAACUCGCAAUCGAUUUUUAAAUUAAAAAAACUAAAAAAACUUCUUCUAUGGGGUUAA